AUGGCGAUGAACGGCCGGAUGAGCUUGCCGAGGGAAGCUCCUACAUCUGGCACAGAUUCCAGGCGCGCUGGCGCUGUCGACGGAGGCGGUGCCAGCGUGGAUGCGGGUGACGUGGCACGCCGUCGAUUUCUUUCGAUCGCACGGCAGAGGGCCGCCCAUUUCGCCCACUUCGAUGAUUCUUCCCGCCUCUCCUCCGCUCGCCGCACGGCCCCGCGCGAAACCUCUCCCGUCGCCGGCGCUUCCGCCCCCUCCGCUUCCGCCGAGGCUGCCGCAACCGCGGGGGAGCGAGGGGGUCGGGUGCGACGCAUCGGCGGGGAGGCGCGUGGGCCGGGGGAGGCGGAGCAGUGGCCAGGCCCGUUCGCCACUGCGCGGCAGCUGGUGCGCGGAAGAGCCGCGGCUGCCGCCGCCAGGCAGGCGCAAGGGGGCGGGGGGGCGCGCACAGGGGAAAGCGCAGGGGAGCGGGUGGGCGGUGAAAGCAUCGCGCAAGGCAGCGAGGCAGGGGCGACCCGUGCCCGCGGAACAGGAACCACAGGCACUGUUUCCAGCACCGUUCCAGCUGGGGUAGCUGUAUCAUGGACUCCCAAAUCGCAAUCGCAGAGAGAAACGGGAGGAGGGGGAACGGACCACAGAAGCGGGGGCGGAGGGAGCGGAAGAGCCCCCCGCAGCCUGUACUCGCUGUGCCUGCACGUGGUAUCAGAGCACAUAGAGGCGCUGGAGUCACUGGAGGGUGUUCCGGACGGUGUGCGGCGCGACCUGAGUGCGUGCCUGAGCGCGCUGAGGCGGCUGGACGGGCGCGCGCUGGCGCUGCUGGUGGGCGGCGUGGCGGCGGAGCUGGCCGUGGCGGACUGCUCGCUGGUGGGCGAGGCGGACCUGCACCGCGCACUCACCAUGUGCGACCCUGCCAAGCUGGAGCUCGUGCAUCUCUCCAUGUGUGGUCGCAGUCUCUCAGACACCUGUCUCACCUCCACCCUCCUGCGCGCCCCAGCCUCUCUCCCCGCCCUGCGCUCCCUCUCUCUGCAAGGCGCCUACCGCCUCUCCGAUGCCGCCCUCCCCCCGCUCGCCCUCGCCGCCCCCUCCCUCGCGCACCUCUCCCUCCUCCACUGCCCGCUCCUCUCCUCCCCAGCAGUAUCCACCCUGCUCUCCUCGCUCGCCUCCUCACUGAAAACCCUUCGCUUGGACGGGUGCAGUCAGCUGAAUGCCCGCGCGCUGCUGCCGGGGCUCAAGGCGUUGACAGGCCUGACCUGCCUGUCGCUAGCAGGGGUGCCGUCAGUGACAGAUGCCGUGCUGGCUGACCUGCUGCCGGCUGUGGGGGGACACCUCAAGGAGCUGUCACUGGCACACUGCGAGGCUGUCACAGACGAAUCAGUGGCAGCGGCAGCAGCCCACGCACCGUCACUAACCGCUCUGGACCUCUCCCACCUGCCGCUACUCUCUGACAACGCCCUCCACUCCCUGUGCUCUGCCCAACUCAAGCUGCGAUCGCUCAACCUCACCCGAACCAACUUCAGUGACUCAGCGCUCGCGUCUCUCAUCCAGUCCUCAGGCGCUGCCCUGCACACCCUCUCAGUCAACGCCGUCUAUGAGGCAGCGGACGGGCUGCUGGUCGCGCUAGCGUGCAGUGCACACGAGUCACUGCAGGCUCUCGAUGUGUCCUGGUGUCGCUCCAUGUCUGACCACGGCCUUGGCCUGCUCGCUGACUCCUGCCCCAACCUCUCCCGCCUCUGCCUCUACGGCUGCUCCCAGGUGUCUGAUGUGUUUUACCUCGGCCACAGUAACACCAGUCUGCAGCUCGUUGGUCAAGUAGGGAUGCACGCACCCCUAUUCGGCGCGCACUGCAACCAAUUCCCGGUGGAGCAAUGUCCGCUUGGCGCGCAGGUCGUCGCUGCGCCAUUUUCGCAUCAGUCGCCGUCCCCGUCGUUUGUUCAUCACCAUUCUCGCCAGCAGCACGACUCUGCGACGUUAUGCGACGAAAAUCCGUCGCUUGAUUUAUUCGCGGAGGCAGCGGAGUUCUUAAGCCUCCUGGACGCCAUCACGCCGGACGACUCGCAGUCAAACGGGACUCCCAUCGGCAGCACCGAUUCACAGCAGCAUCGCGAUGCUAACUUUUUGCACCACCAGCACCAGCAGCAGCAGCACCAGCAGCAGCAGCAGCGCCAGCAGUUGUCGUCCGCACCAUUUUCACCUCCCGCCUCCGCCGCCGAUCCAGCCACGCCCAUUUCCGUUUCCGCAAGCGGCGGUUCCGCUUCUCUUUCCGCAGCGCCAGAUGAGUCGGUUGGCGGCGGCGGUGCUAUGACCGCAGCAGCGGCACUGGCGAACCCCGUGUCCCCGCGGCAUGGCGAUUCGUCGUUGAACGAGCUGGGUUUAUUCAGAUCGUUGGAAGCAGCGUGUGCGACGGAGGUGAGUCACUACGAGGCUGCAGCGUGCACGGCGGCGGGGGGCAGUGGCGGUCCCUCCGACGAUCCUAUCGACGCGUUUCUCGGCACCCUGCUGCUCGCGAAUCCGGAAUGCGGGGGAGGCGAUGCGCGCGCUGCGCCAUGCCCGCCCGCCUCUGUGGCUCGCGAUCAUGAUCCGCCGCUGCAAGGCGCGGCGGAAACGCGGGCGCAGCAGCAGCAGCAGCUUGUGAUAACGACGCCAGAAGGGAACGAGGCGUUGCAUGAGUGGGUGCCUUGUCUGCCGAUGCAUGUGCGAUCAGGGAGCGAGGGCGAACCAGCAUGUGCGGGGACUGGCUGGAGUGACAGCGCGGUGGGGGAAAUGAGCAUGGGCGGAAGCAAGGCGGGCGGAAUGGGCGUUGCGGAAGACAAUGCGCAGCAGGUGGAGGAGGGUUCAGCGCCGCCUGUGGCGCUCACAGGCGCGGAUCUCUUUGGUGCGGCUCGUGUGGAGGGAAGUGGUGUGGGAAGUGGGGCGACAAGCAGGGAGCAGAGCGAGGAUAGUGCGAGUGGCGAGGGCAAUGCUGCUGUUGCUGAUGCUGAUGAUUUUUUGGGUGCUGCUAUUGCUGGUGUGUGGGGGAAACAGCAGGCGGGCGAGCUGCUGGUCGCACAGCAACAACAGCAGGGUAAGAAUAAUUCGAGUAACAAUGUGAAUAGUGUUAGCAGUCAUAGCAGUGAUGGAAAUAGUCAGCAGCAGCAGGAGCAGCAGCAGCAGCAGCAGCAAGCGGUGAGUGGGAGCACCCCACGUGCGCGGCAGUUGCCCAAUCUGUCAGGGCGACUGGCGGCCCUUAUUAGCCAAAUAAGCCACGCCACCACCGCCAAGGCGAAGCGCAGGGCGGGUCAUGACGCUGCAACAACAGCAGCAGGGCAUGCGAGGCCAGCAGGCAUGGGGCCCGGGCACAGUCCGGCAGGGGGAAUGAUGAAGAUGCACGAGCAGGCCGGUGUAGCAGAUGGCUCGGAGGAGAGAGGGCGAGAGAGUGUCUUGGGUGUGCAUGGGCGAGUGAGAGGCGGUGAUGGGGGUAGACUUGCUUAUGGGCGUGGUGGGGGCGGUGGUGCGCAGGAGGCGCACGGCGAGGAGUCCGGCAGCAAGCGGCGGGCAGUGCAGGGGCGGGAAGGGGCACCGGGGCUCACAGCAGCAGAGCGGAUAGCGUGGCAGGUUCCCCCCUCUGCAGCACUCAGCAAUCAGCACCCUGCUGCUCCCACUGCGACACCUGCCUUCCCUCCUAAGCCCACUACUGGUGCUGCUGCUGCCGCUGCAGCAUCAACAGGAGCCGGUGCUGCAGUGGUGCCAUCCGUACCCCACGCGUGGGUCCUGGCAGGCGCGGGUCCAGACGGCCUGGCAGGAGAGGUGGAUCCGUUUGUCCUCGCGGAGCACAUCAGCCGCUGUGCGCCUGCGCUCGCCCUCGCCCCCGCCAUGCUCGCUGCCCCGCACGACCCCCUUGCCGCCCUGCACCUGCAGCCGCCCUCUCUCGCUGCGGUUCCGUACACACGAGCUUCCUCCCAGGCGCUCCCAGUUGCAUCGGCCUCUCAUUCCCUCGCGUACCACUCUCUGCUGUCCGGUGCUGCUGCCAUCAGCAGCAGACUAACGGGUGCUUUUGCAUCAGGCAAGAGCGAUGUGGGCAUGGACGAGGUGAAGCAGCUCGUGCUCGCCCUCGCUGAAGCCAUCGCCACCAAAGACAUGGAGCGGGUGGCAGGGCUGCGGGCGCGCGUGGCAGCAGCAGCGUGUGCGGAGGGGCGGCCGGGGCAGCGAGUGGCGCACUGCUUCCUGGACGCCCUCACCACCCGCCUGCACGGCACUGGCGCUCUCCGCCUCUACAACGCUGCCUUCACCUCGCAG